AGACUGAAUUCGAUCGAUCCUUUACUCGGAAUUACUAAUAUGGCCAACGAAUUAGCAUUUGAUCUGAUCUAUGGAGUUGGUGACGAGAAGGAUAUUUUCGAGCUUUCAUAUGCUACAUUUGCUGAAGAGUUGCAGCUCCAGGAGAUCCUGAAGGAGUCCAUGAUGGGUUCUGAAAAGGAGCUGGAAGAUGCAGCUAGUGAAGCCAACCAGAAACUUGAGUGUCUUGUCAGCCAUGGAUUAUCCAACACGGAAUGUGCUAUCUCCCAUGUCUCAGAGAUUCAUGAGCCUCAGUCGUUCAAUAAACAGGGGUCAGCAAGAUGGCGUCCCCAGCAGAGGUUUGGUUACAUUGAGCAACAGAGGAUAAACUGGGAUGACAAAGGAAGAGACCGUUUCAGGUGGAGGAAACCUACAGGGUGGCACAACAUUAGGGGAAGAAGGGUGGGAGAUGUUCCUCAAACCAGUUCCAGCAAGGAAUUUCAUGCAAAAACCAGUUCCUGGGGUGAAGGCAGUCCUCUUGUUGGCACUGGUAAUAUUGAAGAUCCUAAGGGUAAAGGCAAAGCCAUAGAUGAUGGCUGGUUGCUGGUCUCCAAAUGGAAAUCCGAAAGCAGGGGUGGAAACAGUGUUGACAAACAGCAGGUUGAUCUCGGGCAUCCUAAUCAUUUAAAGGGUUCAAAAGAUGACGACACAAGUGCUGUUCACGAAGAUGAUUGCGAGUCCUUGGAUGAUGAGGAUGACUUUGAUUCCGAUGAUAGUCAAAAGAGCUACGAGAGUCGCAAGAAGAGUAAAUGGUUUAAGGAAUUUUUUGAGAGAAUGGACGCCUUGAAUGCAGAGGAGAUUGAUCAAACCCUGUGGCACUGUCCAGCAUGCCAAGGUGGUCCAGGUGCCAUCAAAUGGUACAGAAGCAUUAGUGACCUGAUAGCACAUUCCAAAAAGAUUGGAUCGAGAAGGGUGAAGUUACAUCAAGAGCUCGCGAUGCUUCUAGAAGGGGAGUUGUGCAUUAGGGGAACAUCAGUUUCUCCUCCUGCUGACCCAAUUGUUGGUACUUGGAAAGGUUUAAAAGAGGAGGCAAGAGAUCAUCAAGUAGUUUGGCCUCCCAUGGUUGUCAUUAUGAACACAAUGACAAGCAAUUCAAAGGAUGGAAAGUUUGUUGGCAUGGGAAGUCAUGAGCUUCUUGAGCACUUCAGCUCGUUUCCUGCUUUAAAGGCUCAACAUUCCUAUGGUCCUCAAGGUCACCGUGGUUUGAGCGUCUUGAUCUUUGAGAGCUCGGCGGUAGGUUAUUUAGAAGCCGAACGACUGCAUCAGAAUUUUUUGGACCAAGGAUUGGAUAAAUUUGCUUGGAAUUCUUGUACAAACGAAGUCCUGCCAGGAGGAGAGCGCCAACUUUAUGGUUUCAUGGCAGUGAAAGAGGACCUGGAUUGCUUCAACCAGCAUUGCCAAGGUAAAUCAAAGCUCAAAUAUGAGCUCAAAUCAUAUCAAGAAGCGGUUCUGAAUGAAAUCAAGAAAAUGAGGGAGGAUAGCCAGCAACUUAUCCGGCUCAAGGAUAAGCUUGAAGAAGAAAUAAAACGAGCAAAAACUCUUGAAAGAUCAGUCGAUGAUCUAAGUAGGAACCUGCAACAGAGAAUGAAGGACAUCUGCAUAUUUGAACGAAGGGUCAAAUCACUGCAUGAAGAUAACAAAGAAGAGGUGGAAUCCCAGGAGAUCUUUUAUAAGGAUCAAAUUAAAAUUCUGGAAGCAAGAGUGAAAGAGCUUGAUCACAAGUUGAAGGAAUCUGGCGCAAGUCCUUUACAUACAGGGGAACCUGAACCUGCCAUGUCCGGCCUAUUGGAGGAGGAGCACACUCCAUAUCAGUACAACAGCAACCUCGGCAUUGAUGAAGAUUCAAGUUUGGAGAAUGGAAAGCUUCCAAGCAAAUCCAAUGAAAAUGGAGAUUGAAAACAUUCAAACCACCAGCUUUUAAGACUUUACUGCAACUCAUAAAGUAAUAUCAGUGUAGGAUUAUAUAUCCCUGUGGAUGCGUUGUAGGGUUGGGUGCUAUUUGUUUAUAAGAACCAACUAUUAUUUCAUAAUUUCUUCAUGAUAAUUACAUGGGUACUUUAUGUUUAUUAAAA